UCGGUUCUUUUCUUUUUUUUUUUUUUUUUUUUUUGGUGGGAAUAUCGACUGCGGGUGUAGAAGGGGUGCUGUUAAGAGCAGACACCCCCCUCUACAAGCCCAGUUGUUGGAUUGCUCCGUUCCAUUGGUGGGGAACUGCUGCUGCUGGAAAUCGGGUCCGACCAGACAGACGACAGCGGAAGGCAGAGCGAAAGGCAACAACACAGCUGUCACAGCUGUCUGAGCCUCCUCUCGCCGUCCAAACUGAAACUUGAAUAAGUCGACAUGGGGAGCAGGGCUUCCGCAAUUGACAGGGUACUCCGUCGUCGCUUUUAUGGCUCCUCCUCCGUAACGGCUGAACCAGGAGGUAAUCGCUUGGAUUUCGAUCGACUUGGCGAUGCCACCAGGGAUUUGCCGCCCCCUUCAGAGGGCGUCAAAAGGCGGAUUGGGAGGCUGAUUUGCCUAGAGCUCGGCGAGAAGAACCUGGGCUGGCUCGUAAUCACCGUGGUCGUCACCGCCCUUGGAGCCUUCGGCAAGAGCAUCGAGAGAUCGGUACUCUGGCUUCUCGUCGCCGUCCUCGUCGUCGAAACGAUGUUGAAAUUGACCCGAACGUUCGUUCAGGAGUUCUUCGCCAGUGUUGUCCCUUGCAGUUUCGUCAUGCUGCAGUUGGCCGAGGACUCCGAUCGUUAUCAUAGCUACGUUGCGGCGGUGUGGUUCUUGCGAGUGGCGGGGAUUUCAACACAGAGUGUGUUGGCUGGGAUGCUCGCUGGGCGAGUUGGUUCUCAAAAAGCGCUGGCCACCAAGGAUAAAGGUGCUGACAGGCUUCUAGAGAUGAUACACUACUGCUAUGGCGUCGUCUUUUUGGACGUUCUUGUCUCCCUCGUCAUCGUCUGUCUCAAUUCGUUUCAUUCCUCACCUUUCUCGCUUGUCUUAUUGAGUUUGAAGCGCCUGUUCUUGAGGCCAACACGACAAUCAGGCCGCAGUUCAUCCCACCAUUGGACGCCUGGUACAGCCAAGGAAAGCAGGGGGGGCAUUGGUAGCUCACCACGGGCCAUGGAGGAGAGCCGGGUAAUGGAAGAAGAUCUAUCGGCUCUUGUGUGGUAUUUGCACUGCAGGCGACACCCUCUGUUGCCUGCUGUGUGCGCCUACCAAGCCGAUGGGAAUUGCGGACUGCCUGGACAUUGGUUCCUUAGCGCGGAGGAGCUGCUCAAACAUGCUUUCCGUCCCAUCAGCUGCUACAAAAACAACGCUCUCUUUCCCGAGGCGCAAUCCAAUAAGCUGAACAUGGACCAGGAGAUGGCCCUGGACUCAUUGGCACGGUUGGCCAAGAGCCGUGAUCAGAAGGUUUGCGACUUGAUCGUCAGAGAAGGGGUGGAUACUGAUGCCCUUUGCAAGUCGUUGGCACGCACAGGUCGGUGCAAUGCCGAGAACGGCCCGUCGAGGUCCUCAGUCAAUUGUCACAGAUAUGGCAAUGGGAACGGGAAUCGGGCAUAUCGGAUCCGUACGAUCCGCUUGAUGGCGCUGGUGUCUUUCCUCUGGCCACUCCAGGAGAAUGCCGCCGUAACACUUGCUGCUCUCUGCUUGAGMUACCGAUUCCAAAAACUUCUGUUCUCCGGCGAAGCGGGUAAAACCCUUUUCGAACAGCUGGCCAAUAUGGCAGCAGGUGGUGAACUGAUGGACGCCCGCUGCAGGUACACCUUCAAGGUCAUGAGGCACAUAAUGCAUUACUUCUUACCUUAUGCGCAUUCAGUGAGGCUGGAGAAAGUCCAGAGCUUCGCACAGCUUUCUGCCGACGCCACCCUCGAAUGCAAUGCACCACGGCGGGAAGCAAUCUUUGGCGUUCACCACGAUCUGGAGGAAUUGGAAGGUGAAGAGUCGUGGAUCCUACCCCCUCGAGGCGCUUUUCGAGAGUCCAGAGCACUUCCUGUUGUAGUCGAUGUUGCUCUGUCACACUGGGCCUCUCUCGAAUGCAAAGAAGAAGUAACCUACAUCUUCUUAUGUUAUCACCACCUUGGGUCACAUCAGCUUUUCCCUUUCGAAGUGGCAGAGCUGACACGUCUCCUUCAGAUGCAGGUCGAAUCAGUACCCAUAGCAGUGAUGGGUUAUGUCCUGUUGGCACUCUGCGACUUGUUCCUGCGCUACUUCUCGGACGAACCCCUCCUGCCUAAAGGAGGACCCUACCGCAGAGUGGAGAUCCAGAUUGAUCGUGACAUUGUCCCCCGGCUGAUUACACAGGAGACAAGAAGGUUCGUGACCAACCUUGCUUGUUUUAUUCUCAACUUGAGGAUUGCCAAACCCGUGGAGGACUUCUGGCGAGAGUUCAUGACCUGGUAUUCGGAGGACGAUAGCCAUCUUCCUACCCUGUCAUGGGCCCUCCGGAGCCCUGCUAGGUUGCUGUCUUAUCUCCUGGCUUACCACUUUGAUCUUUUGAGAAGCGAGAUUGACGAGGUUUUCGUCGGCAACCAGGCGAACUCUCGCACAGCAGCUGUGCCAAAGGUGUCAAAAACAGCCAAAAACUUGUCUGUGAUAUUAAACAGUUUUGCAAGUCUGAUUGUAGAACAAGAAGAGUCGAAGAUCACAAAGCUGAAUGCCUGCAAGGCUCUCAGUAAGCUAGCAACUCACAGGGAUAACUGUCUUCUCCUCGAUGUCGUAGAAGCCUGGAAAUCUGUGCUCAAAUCUCACUCCGUCCAUUACCGUCCUAUACCGAACGAGCCUGAGUUUCGACUGCUGACGGAUCUUCUGAAAACCCAUUUGCCCGGCUUUGGCCUCGACCCACUUUGUCGGGAUGGACUUGCGAAAGUACCUCGCAGAUGGAGCUGGAGCGAUGGCGCCACAGGGGUAGGUUAGAAAUUAAGUGUAGUGCUUCAAUCACUGACAGGGGUAGGUUAGAAAUUAAGUGUAGACUCCGUGACACAGUCGAAAGGUAAGUGCUAGUACUAAGUACGACAUAGAUACCGUUUGUUGGUAGGCCUAUCAUAUAAUUUGAAUUUGGGGGAAAGUACGUUGAUGUCACUUUCGAGUAUCUAAGGAGCAAAAAAAACACAUGCAGGCAAAGAAAAAGGGUGCUGAGAACAAAAAAGCAAUGAAAAU